UCCAACUUAGUGUGCAAAUAGUAACACAACACGUUUUGACAGCAAAUUUUGGUUUUGUCAAAUCGAGGUGAGCGAUUAGAAUCAGAAGAAAAAUCCUCCAGAUUUCACUGAAAAAAUGGCUGCUUCGGGAAAACUUUCAAUCCUGACUCGUCAAUUGAGUACCAGCUCGGCAUCCGCUCAGCUGGUGAAGCCACCGAUUCAGAUUUUCGGUCUGGAGGGUCGCUACGCUUGCGCCCUUUACUCUGCUGCAUCGAAAAAUAAAGUGUUAGAUGUCGUCGAGAAGGACCUGAAGGGUUUGCAGCAGCAAAUACGGACGGAUGCAAAGGUUCGCGAGCUGCUGAUUAAUCCGACCAUCAAGCGUAGUUUGAAAGCCUCGGCCCUGAAGGAUGUUUCUUCUCGUGUCAAGUUCAACGCUGCCACCGGUAACCUGCUCUCGUUGCUGGCCGAAAAUGGACGUCUGAGUCGGUUGGAAGGUAUCAUCAAUGCCUACUCGCUGAUAAUGGCCGCCGAGCGGGGUGAGGUGGUUUGCGAAGUUGUAACCGCAAAACCUCUGGACGACUCGCAGCGCAAGCAGCUGGAGGGUGCUUUGAAGGCCUUCUUGAAGCCAAACCAGUCUAUUCAACUCACGGCUAAGGUAGACCCGGCUCUAAUUGGAGGAAUGAUCGUGUCGAUCGGUGAUAAAUAUGUGGAUAUGAGUGUCGCCAGUAAAAUCAAGAAAUACACUGACAUCAUAACAGUUCCGAUCUAAGGCUCCAUAGGAGAUGCUACGUGCAAAUUUUGUUAGAAGUGCAAGGGAUUCCUUGUAGUAAAAGGCAGUAACAUUCAAAGCGAAUAAAGUUGGAAAAUACCAAAUUGGUUUAUCUGCAA